CUGAGGACUAGUUCAGCCUACUUGCAUUCAAGCAAUAAUUUCUCUGUCUGAUGAGGUUACUGCUAGGAUAGUACCGUCGUUUCAUGUCAUUCCCGCACUAACACGCUCAUCUUUUUGAUCCUUCGAAUCCUCGAUUUCUGCUAACUGGGUAUUCUCGGUGUAGUUCCUAGUGGGCCCUGGUGGGAAGCUAUGCCCGUUCUUAUUUAGUUUAUGGGAACAUCCUGCUCAGCCCGACUGCAGGUACAAAAGGGGCCCAGUAGCGCGUGGGACCAUGGGGCUUUUUUCUCGCGAUGCCGUGCAGUGCGUCUUUGAUUUCGGCAUUGCAUCAUGGGCAAUACCACCAGCAUCGCCGCUGGGCGUGACUGUCUACUAUCCGCCGUCGGGGGGAAUCAUGCUCAUGUCGCUUUCCAAGAUCAGCUGUUGUACCAGGUUACCGCAGUCGAGCCAUACAACUUGAAUAUACCGGUCACUCCGGCCGCAGUCACAUAUCCUCAAUCAGCGGACGAGAUUGCGGCGGUGGUGAAAUGCGCCUCUGAAUAUGGCUACAAGGUGCAAGCGCGCAGUGGAGGACACAGUUUUGGCAAUUAUGGCCUCGGAGGAGAAGACGGGGCUAUCGUGGUCGAAAUGAAGCACUUCAACCAAUUCUCCAUGGAUGAGUCGACCUAUACCGCGACCAUCGGACCUGGAAUCACACUAGGCGACCUCGACACCGCGCUGUAUAAUGCGGGCCAUCGAGCAAUGGCGCACGGUAUCUGUCCGACCAUCCGGACAGGCGGCCACCUGACAAUGGGGGGAUUGGGUCCGACGGCGCGCCAGUGGGGUCUGGCGCUCGACCACGUUGAGGAAGUCGAGGUGGUGCUAGCAAACUCGAGUAUUGUUCGUGCGUCGAAUACUCAGAACCAGGAUAUUCUCUUCGCGAUCAAAGGUGCUGCUGCCAGCUUUGGGAUAGUCACGGAAUUCAAAGUGCGCACGGAAGCGGCACCCGGGGUGGCCGUCCAAUAUUCGUUUACGUUCAAUCUGGGGACCCCUGCUGAAAAGGCAAAGCUCGUCAAAGAUUGGCAGGCAUUCAUAGCUCAGGAGGACCUCACGUGGAAGUUCUACUCCAACAUGAACAUCUUUGACGGCCAGAUCAUUCUCGAAGGUAUUUACUUUGGCUCGAAAGAAGAGUACGACGCGCUGGGUCUGGAGAAAAGGUUUCCGAGCAGCGAGGCCGGUACUGUGCUAGUUCUGACGGAUUGGUUGGGAAUGGUCGGUCACGGAUUGGAAGAUGUCAUUCUAAGACUGGUCGGAAACACCCCGACCUGGUUUUAUGCCAAGUCCCUAGGAUUUACACCUCGCGCACUGAUUCCCGAUUCCGCAAUUGACGAGUUUCUCAAUUAUAUCCACGAGAACACCCCCGGAACUGUGUCCUGGUUUGUUACCCUCAGCCUGGAGGGUGGAGCUAUCAACAAGGUGCCUGGAGAUGCCACAGCAUAUGGCCACCGCGACGUGCUUUUCUGGGUUCAGAUCUUCAUGAUUAAUCCCCUCGGCCCAGUUUCGCAGACGACAUAUGGUUUCGCAGAUGGUCUGUACGAUGUUCUGGCUAAGGCAGUGCCUAACAGUGCAGGCCACGCAUAUCUUGGAUGUCCCGAUCCCAGAAUGCCCAACGCCCAGCAGGCGUACUGGCGUAGCAACCUUCCAAGAUUGGAAGAGCUGAAGGGUGAAUUGGAUCCGAAAGACAUCUUCCAUAAUCCACAGGGCGUUAUGGUUGUCUCCUGAGAUGGCACAGGUUGCAUUUUUGUAUAGUGUUAUAUGCUUCAUUCACCUGGUGUAUUUAGCGACAGGUAAGUGCCGGGCUGCUACCAUACAGGCAGGCAAAAUACCUGCUAUGAUUUGACCCUAGGUCAGAUCAUGCCUGGCUUCCAUAUCUAUAUAGAUCUUCUGUCCCUCUUCUUGGCCACGUCCUGGGCCCC